AUGCCACAGAACGAAUUCGUCCCUCGCAAGUACGACCUCAUCAGCUGGGACGCCGCCCAAGGCUCCCUCCACCUCCGGAGCAAUGAACGCGACAAACCCAUCAAUUUCACCUUCGAAUCGCUCCGACCAGGCCUCUUCCGCACGACCUUCUCUUCCCAGACCCACCCUCUCCCACCGUUCCCCAGCGCCAUCAGACCCACCAGCCAAAACCCCACGAGCCAGACCGCCGACCAUGGCCCGCAAAGCAGAGAGCUGCACUUCGGCGCCGUCGCCGCCAAAAUCGACUGGCACGACGUCCCGCUCGUGUCCCUCGGCUUCGUCGGGGAGGCGUCUCUGCACGCCGACCUGCCGCUGCGAUCGUACGCGCUCGACGGCUCCGGCGUGGCGCACUACACGCGGUAUUUCCGGAACAGCCUGCACGUAGGGCUCGGGGAGAAAGCGGCGCCGAUGGACCUUUCGAACCGGCACUUCACCCUGUCCGCGACGGAUUGCUUCGGGUAUGAUGUCCACCGGACAGAUCCCAUGUAUAAACACAUCCCGCUGUUGAUCCGCGCGACGCCCGAGGGGGUGGUGGCGACGUUUUCGACGUCGCAUGCGCGCGGGUAUUACUCGGUGGGAUCGGAGAUGGAUGGCAUGUGGGGCUUUCAUAAGGUGUACCGGCAGGACACCGGAGGGUUGGAACAGUAUCUUCUCAUCGGGAGGACGCUGCAGGAGGUGGUCGGGAUUUAUGCGGGAUUGGUGGGAUUUCCGUUGUUGGUGCCGCGGUGGGCGUUUGGCUAUUUGGCGGGAGGGAUGAAAUAUUCCAUGUUGGAUGAGCCGCGCGCGAGCGAGGCGUUGAUGGAGUUUGCUGGAAAGCUUGAGAAACAUGCCAUUCCCUGCUCGGGGUUUCAAAUGUCGUCGGGCUAUACGAUAGCCGAGACGGAGCCGAAGACGAGAAAUGUGUUCACGUGGAACCGGCAUCGAUUCCCUGACCCCAAAGACUUUUGCGACGCCUUUCAUGCCAAGGGAAUCCGUCUCAUCGCCAAUAUCAAGCCAUACAUCCUCGGCAGUCAUCCCGAAUACGAAAACCUUGUCAAAGCCGGGGCAUUGUUCACCGACCCGGAAACGAACGGCACAGGUAUCGCACGCUUAUGGAGUGCGGGAGGGGGUGAAAGUGGAGAGGGCGGUCACAUCGACUUCUCUUCCAAGUCCGGAUAUGAUUUCUGGUACAACGGGGUGAAGGAGCUGCGUAAGGUCGGCAUGGACUGUAUGUGGAAUGACAACAACGAAUACGUCGUGCCCCGGGACGAUUGGGUCCUCGCAUUGAACAAUGAACACGUCCCAAAUCCGAAUGGCGAACAGCGGAAGGAUCUCGCCUUGUGGGGCCGUGCCAUGCAUUGCGAUGUGAUGGGAAAAGCGUCCUACACAGCAUUGCAAGAGGUCAUGCCUCACGAGCGACCUUUUGUUCUCACGCGCAGCGCGACUCCGGGGACCUUGAGAUAUGCGUGUAGCUCGUGGUCAGGCGACAACAUCACCAGCUGGGAUGGCAUGCGAGGGGCCAACGCGCUUUCUCUCACGGCCGGAAUGUGUCUGAUGCAAUGCUACGGCCAUGACAUCGGUGGGUUCGAAGGGCCACAGCCGAGUCCAGAGCUGCUCCUUCGCUGGGUUCAACUAGGCAUCCACAGCCAGAGGUUCGCCAUCAAUUGUUUCAAGACGGGCAGCGAUAACCUCGUCGGAGACGUCAUCGAGCCGUGGAUGUACCCCGAGAUAAUUCCAGAAGUGCGCAGGGCCAUCCUUCGCCGAUACGAGUUGAUCCCGUAUCUGUACGGAUUGAUGUUGAAAAGUCACCUCACCGCACUUCCGCCUCAGAGAUGGGUGGGCUGGGGCUACGAAGCCGACCCAGAAGUCUGGACUAACCGCGUUCUCAAGGACGGCGAGCAGCAGUACUGGCUCGGCGACACGUUGCUCGUGGGUGGAGUGUACGAGGCUGGAGUAUCGGAAGCUCAUAUUUACCUUCCCAAGCGUGAUGAUGCGGACGCCGGCUUCCUGAACACCAACGCGCCACAUCAAUAUCUUGCCGCCGGACAGUGGCACACGAUUGCAUCUCCCUGGCAUGGCAGUAUUCCGGUCCUCGCCCGCAUCGGCGGUGCAGUACCGGUUGGAAAGGAGGAGCAAGUCGUCGCUCCUGGUGACGAGAUCAACGAAGCGGGACUUUCAGAAGAUGAUUACCGCGGCAUCGAAAUCUUCCCGCCACCUGCACUGCGUGCCAGAUAUGAAAAACACACGAAUACCUGGCUUGAGGACGACGGCGUGUCUCCCGCGCCGGCGAAGCUUGCUGAAUUUACAUUCAUCUAUGCAGCGACAGGCGCUCAAAUCGAGGUCGAUUUCGUCAAAGACACGAGCCAAUUCGCACCGCCUUGGAUCGGGAACGGUCUGACCGUCAUCCUCCCUGUCGGUGAUACCCGGGAUGUAGUCACUGUGAAUGGCAGUCCAGUCUCCCGACAAUCGAUGGAUGCGUCCGGUCGCAGACGAUUUCAAGUAUUUGCUAAGACAUCUUCGUAG